AUGGAAUCCAGUACAAAUCCAGAUCCUGCUGCGCUGGCCCUACAAAUCCAGUCGCUGUCAGCAACCGUGGAAGAACUCACAAGACAGAACCAAGAGAUGAAGCAACAACUGCUGCAGGAAAGCAAUCGCGCAGAUAGGGGAGACGACGAAGACAGCAACAGAAGGCGAACCAGCACUCCGAAGGAAGCAAGCUCGGAUCUUUUGAGAGAGAUGAGGAAAGAGAUGGACGAACUAAGAAACGCCAUAAAAGGAAAGACGGACCAAAGCUUGGAGAGAAUCGUCCGGAAGACGGAUUCGCCCUUUACCAUAGCCGUCCAGGAGUGCCCUGUACCCUCCAAGUUUCGUCUACCCCAGCUGGAACCUUUCGACGGGCUAAAAGACCCCUUGGAUCACCUGAAUACCUUCAGGAUGACCCUAGGCCUCCAACAGCCGCCUGAUGAGAUCUUGUGUCGCUCAUUCCCUACGACCCUCAAAAAAGCAGCCAGGGAAUGGUUCAACAAGUUGCCAACAUCGUCCAUUGACAAUUUCGAGCAGUUGAGCAGUUCCUUUGUCCGUCAUUUCGUAGGAGGACAGCGACCGAAGAGAACUGCCGACCACCUGCUUACCAUCAGACAAGGAGAGAAGGAACCACUGAGGUCUUACGUGACACGCUUCACCCGAGGAAUGCUGGAAAUAGACGAGACAGAUGACAAGGUACAUCUCACGACCUUCAAAGCAGGAUUGAAGUCCAGGGAUUUUGUGGCAUCCUUGGCAAAGAACCCCCCUAAGACGAUGGCCGAGGCACUGUUGAAAGCUCAGAAGUACAUGAACGCGGAAGAAGCCCUGGCAGCUAUUGACGGAGUAGAUAAGAGUAGGGAAAAGAAGAAAGAAAAGGAGGACGAUCGAAGAGGGCUAAAACGGGAUCGGGCUGACAGACGGAAUGACGAUGGAAAUCGAAGGAGAGAGGACAAAAACCCUCAUCCAUCAAAGUUCACCCCGCUGGUGAUGCCAGUAGAUCAAAUUCUAACAGAAAUAAGGGACGAACCAUCCCUAAAGUGGCCAAAACCACUCCAUUCAGCACCUGGAUUGCGCGACAAGAGGAAAUAA